AUGGCCUUCGAUAACGUCGACUUGGCCGGCCUGGCUAACCUGGCCGUCCGCACCCUGCAGCACGAAAUCAGACAAGCCACCACCAGCGCCAUUUCCUCGGCAGCCUCAUCCUCGUCCCUCGAUCCGACUCUGGCUUCCUCCAGUGCUGCACCAUCCCUAACGUCCUCAUUUAGCGAUCCAACUGCAACACCGACUGACACUGGCGGCAAUAAUAAUAAUGGAAAUGGAAACGGAAACGGAGGCAGCGGCCAGGGCUCAUCACCACUGCUCUUCUUUGUUGCUCUCGGCUUUGGUGUCGUGUUUACGAACCUCUGGAUCAUUGUCGGUGUCAAGUACUGUUUCCGCUACAAUGCUCGGAAUCGUAACAUCCGGAUGACGGGCGAGGAUGGCGAGCCUAUCAACCUGGAAAAUAUGCCUCAGCACCCACGUCGGCGUCGCCGGGAGAAGAAGCUGAUGACUAUGGACGAGGUCAACGAAAAGUUCCCUAUGAUGAAAUAUAAGAACUGGGUCGCAAGCCGUGCUCAGGAAGGCCUACCCACCCGCGGCGGCAUCUCCCAGCCACCAAGUCGAGCAAACAGUAUCAGGGACGCCGAUGGUAUAGUGCCCACAAUCAAAGAUCGUGAUUCUAUCGAGGAGCGGCCAGCGACCGGUGGAACAUCCAUCGUUAGAGAGACGACCCGCGAGCCAACAACCGAACAUGCCGAGGAGAAGGCUGCACCCGCUACAACUCCAGCCGGUGAGGCACAGGCCGUAACGAGUCCUACCGCGGGCGCCACAACAGCACCCGCGAGAACCGACAGCCCCGCCUCCGACGAUGACCACUACGAGGAUGAAGACGAUCAAAUCCACGAUGCUCUCCCACCAGAGGCACUCGAGUCAUCCGGUGACACCUGUGCCAUUUGCAUCGAUACCCUAGAGGAUGACGACGACGUCCGCGGACUGACCUGUGGCCAUGCAUUCCACGCCGUGUGUCUCGACCCAUGGCUGACCAGUAGACGUGCUUGCUGCCCUCUCUGCAAGGCUGACUACUACACACCAAAGCCCCGUCAGCCACAACCCGAGGGCGUGGAGGGGACACAGGUGGGACCGACCGUCUCGAUUGCUCAGGAUCCCCGAACAAACAGGGCGAACAUGCCCUCUCGGCCUGGCGUCGCGUGGAUCUUCUCAGGCCGACGAGGACGUAUGGCUCUCCCUCAAAUAGGCAGAAACAGAAACAACGGCUCUAGCCAGCCUCAGGCGCAAGGACGCAGUGACAACAGUGGACGACGACGGCAGCAGCAGCAGCAGCAGCGUGGUGGCUUCUUCUCUCGAUCGGCCACACAACCAUCAUCACGCUCGUCGCCAUCAACAAACAACGUCACAGGAACCCAGACCACUCAGACACAAUCUGGGGGUUUCUUGUCUUCGAUCCGGCAACAAUUACCCAGUUUUGGCCGGUCUGGAGCAACGCAAGAACAGUCAGCCGCAAACGCACAGGUCACACCGUCGGCUUUAGAAGCCGGUACGCGUGCGGAUGCGGCAAGAUGA